AUGCUGCCCUCGAGUCCCCCGACCAUGAGCUCCUCUCCGGCAAGUCCGUUUCUGUCACCAACCAGAACCGGCCGGCGCAAGGAAAAGCGCAAUCCGUCCGUCACGCCUAGAAGGUUUGGCCGCUUCUUCACGCCUCGAUCAAACUUGCCGGCCGAAAACCGAGCCGCUCUGGCAAGUCUCAAUGCAUCCGCAACCAACCGUCGACCCAUUUCACCUCAGUCACUAGUCAGCGACGCAUUGGAGUCGGAUCCAAUCUGCCCUUCAUCACCGACUGAAGCCCUGGCACAGGCACAGGAUAACGCUGGGGAGAAGAGAAAGCGAGUUGAGCAUUGUCGAGUUGUUCAAAAGCGACGCCGGGCUUUGGCUGCCGAGGGUCUGGUUCCUCCGCCGCUUCGACUACCGCUACCCGGAAGAAGCUUUCACAUGUCACGGGAUGGCGAAGUACAAAUGGUAGAAGCUCGGCCAGAUUCAGGAGAAGGCUUGGACGACAAACGGCGAGCCACGUUGAGUCACUUCUUCAAAGCUAGUCGCAGUGGAAGUAUCACCGGCAUAGGAAAGAAGCCGUUCACGGCUGCUCCCGGCCUUCAGUCGUCUGAACUGGGGACUAACUUGGUCAACGAGGGCUAUCGACCAAGGCCGAUCCGCAAACUUCAAAACCGGGGGUUUGAAGCUCAGCUGCUAGACCGAGACCACGGAUUUGCUUCUCACCCUGGCAAGCAGUAUCUCAGCUUUCCGGCCAGUGAUCCCAGGACACUCACUGCAUCCUUUUACAGCAAAUGUCACGACACGCAUCACUGCACAUCACUCACCGGCCAAGGGAACACGAUUCCCUUUAGCCUCGCAAGCUGCCACAAUGCCCCCGUGACCGUCAUUGGCGAUGAGCAAGGCUUUCUGCGGCUGUUCAACACCACAACCGCAGAUGGGCCCGUCGAGUCCAAGGUCGAUGCCUACAUCAAAGUCCACGACAACGCAAUCAUGGACUUGGACCUGUCCACGGAUGAUUUACGACUGGCGACAGCCUGUGGAGACCGGACCGGCAGGAUCGUUGAUGUGGUAACACAAUCCGUUGCAGUCGAACUCAGCGGCGGACACUGGGACUCCCUACGGCAAAUUGCCUUCCAGCCAGGUGUGGCCAACGGCACCGCCCUUGCGACGUCAGAUCGAGCCGGCCGUGUCCAGAUUUGGGAUUUGCGCUGUUCGCAAGUACCAAGCCACUGCUUCUCAACAGCAAACCCCAACGACGGCACCCGCGACACUUCCAUCGACCCAAUCGCGGCCAGGACCAUCAACACCAUUGACAAUGCGCACGAGCGCAGAGUGCAGGGCAUCACAUCUGCAGCUUCCGUGACCGCCAUACAGUGGCUCCCUUCGGGCAGGGAACACCUCCUCCUUUCUGCUUCCGAGGCCAACGCCUCCAUCAAACUCUGGGACAUUCGAUGCAUCAAGCCGCGCCGCCAGGCCGAGGAAACACCCCUCGCCGUCGCGCCGCAGCCCGCAUCCCACGCAUGGCGGUCCUACGGCAUCACGUCCCUGGCCCUCAGCACCGACGCCUCCCGACUCUACGCCGUCUGCAAAGAUAGCACGGUAUAUGCCUACUCGACGUCCCACCUCAUGCUCGGCCACGCCCCCGAGCUCGACCAUUUCGCGCCCAAACGCAAACCGUCAGGGGCAGAAGGGCUCGGGCCUCUGUACGGCUUCAAGCACGAGCUGUUCCGUGCCUCGUCCUUCUACGUCAAGUGCGCCCUGCGUCACCGCACCCCCACGAACGACCACCAGCAUGAACUGCUCGCCGUCGGCAGCACCGACGGCUGCGCAGUCCUCUUCCCCACCGACGAGCGCUACCUGCGCGCUAGUUACGCGAAACACGCGCAUGAGCUCGAGAGAAGCACCAGUGCCGGCGCGCUUACACCCUCGCAGUCCUUGUCCGCAAACACGCCCACAUCGGCGGCCAUGGGGUCCUCGCCAUCGCCCGUUCCUAUUUUCCGCACGGGCACACCCCUCGUGCGCGGACACUCCCGCGAAGUGACGACGCUGAAUUGGUCGCACGACGGCAAGCUGGUGACGGCCUCGGAUGACUACUUUGUCCGACAGUGGCAGACGAGCGAGGCACAAGCAAGGCACCUCAGGCAGGUAGGUGAGUUUGGGGGCGAGCGGCACAUGGCUGGAUGGGCGGAUGUAGACUCUGCUUGGGACGACGAUGAGGCAUGA